AUGAUGGCCGGCGGGGCAGUACAACAAAACGGGGUUUUCUUGAAUCCUCACCAUCACAAUCAACAGCCGCACAUGGAGUCGGAUCCCCCUGAUUCGCGUAAAAGACCACUGGAGACCCCAACCGAGGCUAGCAGCACUAAACGCACAAACACGGGAGAGGAAGGUGAGUACUUCCUGAAGGUGCUGAUCCCCAGCUAUGCGGCCGGCUCCAUCAUCGGCAAGGGAGGACAGACCAUCGUCCAGCUGCAGAAAGAGACCGGCGCCACCAUCAAACUGUCCAAAUCCAAAGACUUCUACCCUGGCACGACAGAGCGGGUGUGUCUGAUCCAGGGGACAGUGGAGGCUCUGAAUGGAGUCCACAACUUCAUCGCUGAGAAGGUGCGGGAGAUGCCACAGAGCAGCCAGAAAUCCGAACCGGUCAGCGUAAUGCAGCCACAGACCACCGUCAACCCUGACCGCAUCAAACAGGCCAAGCUGAUAGUACCAAACAGCACAGCAGGUCUGAUCAUUGGUAAAGGUGGAGCCACAGUCAAGGCCGUCAUGGAGCAGUCAGGCGCCUGGGUGCAGCUCUCCCAAAAACCAGAGGGCAUCAACCUGCAGGAGCGAGUGGUCACCAUUAGCGGAGAGCCCGAGCAGAACCGUAAAGCCGUGGAGAUCAUCGUUCAGAAGAUCCAGGAGGACCCCCAGAGCAGCAGCUGCCUCAACAUCAGCUACUCCAACAUCUCUGGCCCUGUGGCCAACUCCAACCCCACCGGCUCUCCCUACGCCAACUCAGCCGAGGUGAACCCUGCUGCUGCUGCUGCCGCCGCUGCCACAGCCUCCAGCCUCCUGGGUCAGGCCACCAUGCAGAGUAUGGGUGGCUUCCCCACCACCAUGGGUCCCAGCUUCUCAGGCAACGACCUCCUGACCAUUACCUCGGCCCUCAACACGUUAGCCAGCUACGGCUACAACACCAACUCCCUGGGCCUGGGGCUCAACCCCGCUGCAGCCUCAGGAGUCCUGGCCGCCGUAGCGGCAAGCGCUAACCCCGCCGCGGCUGCCGCUGCAAACCUCCUGGCAUCCUACGCCAGCGAUGCCUCCACCAGCGCAGGCCACCAGGCCGCCUCCCUGGGAGGCUUCACCCUGGGCUCGCUGGCCGCGGCCACGGGGGCCACCAACGGCUACCUGAGUGCCUCAUCCCCGCUGAUGGCACAAUCCCUGAUGGCCACUGAGAAGCAGAUGCAGGAGGGGGCCAAGGACGUGGUGGAGAUCGCUGUUCCCGAAAACCUGGUAGGAGCCAUCUUGGGGAAAGGAGGGAAAACGCUAGUGGAGUACCAGGAGCUGACUGGAGCCCGGAUCCAGAUCUCCAAAAAGGGAGAGUUCAUUCCCGGCACCCGGAACCGUAAAGUUACCAUAACCGGCUCUCCGGCGUCAACGCAGGCAGCUCAGUAUCUGAUCAGCCAACGGAUCACGUAUGAGCAGGGUGUGCGCGCCACCAACCCACAGAAGGUGGGCUAGAAAAAGGGAAUGGAAUGGAGGAAAACGAGUGGGGGCUUGGGGAGUAAUGCAAAGUGAGAGAGAAAUGGAGAGGAGAGCAAGAAUGUUGGAAGGAAUCGUCCACACGUUUUUUCGUGUUUCAGUAUUGUAAAAAUGAUGUGACGCAAAUAUUUGCUCGGAGAGAGGAGAAAGUGUAAUGCGGAAUACAAAUGAAAAUAAGGUGUAAAAUGUAAAUAAGGUUUUAUUACUUAAGUCUUGAUCUUUCGGGAUUUUUUAUUGUUUUGUUUUUUUGUUCUUUUGUUUUUUGUUUGUUUGGCUAUUCUCCGGACAGUGGUGAAUGCGAUUUUAAACUGGCAUGCUGCCGCGCUGCAGUUUGGAAAAGGGGGGCGGUGGGGGUACUGGGGGCCAACCCCCAUGGA